AUGGCCUUCUUCGUAAAAAAGAAGAAAUUCAAGUUUCGGACCAAUCUGACUCUGGAGGAGCUGACCGCUGUGCCUUUUGUCAACGGAGUUUUGUUCUGCAAGCUGCGGCUGCUGGAUGGAGAUUUUGUCGCCUCUUCCACAAGACAGGAAGUUCAAGAAAACUGUGUCCGCUGGAGGAAGACGUUUACCUUCGUUUCCAAAAUGAGCGCCAGCCCCCACACCGGAGUCCUGGAUCCUUCUGUCUGCAGAGUGUCGGUCAGGAAGGAACUCAAAGGAGGAAAAGCAUAUACGAAGCUGGGCUUCACAGACCUGAACAUGGCGGAGUUUGCAGGCUCUGGCUCCACUGUGCGCUGCUGCCUGCUGGAGGGAUACGACACCAAGAACACACGGCAGGACAACUCCAUACUGAAGGUGAUCAUCGGGAUGACCCUUCUGUCUGGAGAUCCGUGUUUUAAAACUCCUCCCAGCACGGCAAAGUCCAUCUCCAUCUCGGGCCGAGAGCACACCCUGCAGCUGGACUGUAAGGGGGAGGGUACCGCUGAGCUGGGGCCGGCAGGAGGGGUUUCUCUGGGCCGAGCUUCCAAACCUCGACCCUCGAUCGUCAGCUCAGGUCUGUUGGAAGAAUCAGACGCGAACCAGUCGAUUCCCGGAGAAAUCUUCCAGUCUGGUCACUCUCGUAACUCCAGCUACGCCAGCCAGCACAGCAAAAUCUCAGGCUACAGCACUGAGCACUCUUGCUCCUCCAGCCUGUCCGACCUCACGCAUCGCAGGAACACCUCGACAGGAAGCAGCACCUCUGGGGGGCUGUGCUUCAAUGCUGAUACCUCUACAGAGGGAGACAAGGACGCUGGACGCCCAGAAAGACCACCAAGGCCCCCGAGGCCUGUCUUACCCCCUAACAGGCCUCCCAGGAGGAAGCAGGACUCUGUGGAGAGUCAGCCCUCCUGGGUAGACGACACCCGGAUAGAUGCUGACGACAUUGUGGAGAAAAUCGUCCAAAGCCAAAACUUUGCAGACAUCAACAACACUGAAGACAGCAACCUGCGUCUGUUUGUGAACAGAGACGGAACCACUGCGCUCAGCGGCAUCAGGCUCGGAAACAGGGUCUCUGCAGGCGGGUACGAGCCCGUUGUGAUCGAGAGCCAUUAA